CGAUGACCCGGCCUUGGGCCGGCCCAUCACGGCCUUGCCUCCAUAUAUAUAUAAGGUCGUUCGGACAGAUGCGGAUCCGACCCCUCUCGCGAUCGCAACGACGAGAAGCUCGUCUUCGUUUACCUCCGACGGAGAUCUGAUCCCUCCUCUUCCGCCGGCGAUUUCCUCAUCCGAUCAAGACUCCCAAGAUGAUUGAUGAUCAGGACCUCGGCUUUUUCGCCAACUUUCUUGGUAUUUUCAUCUUUCUCCUGGUAAUAGCGUACCAUUUUGUGAUGGCUGACCCAAAAUAUGAAGGCAACUGAAACAUUUUGUAGACUUUCGCAGUUUAUCUGGAGUACUCUUUUUCAGUUGCUUAAUAGGAUAUGAUUGGACAGGUGUGUUGUCACAAUUCUAGCAUAGAGUGAAGAACGUUUCUUAUAA